GGAAGUUACUCUAACUUUUAACCUAUCAUGAAGUGAACUCAGGAGAAAUGGUCCAGUCGUUCGAAGAAUUUUGUGGUGGUUCUCUAUGGGAUGAGACUAGAUUACUGAAUGGUAAUUACCCAGAGUUCACAGACUGUUUCCAGCAGACGUUACUUGUUUGGGUACCAUGUGGUUUCCUGUGGCUCAGUGCACCGUUCUACCUUUAUCAUCUUCUCAAUGCAGAUGGAGUUUCUCGUCCUCACUCAUUUUUGAGUGUGGCUAAAACUUUUGUUAGUGGUGUAUUGUUUUUCCUAUCGAUCGUUGAAUUACUACGAGAUGCUAAUAACAAAGAUGAUGAAGAAGCCAGUAAGAGAACUCACAAUUCUCUUUUUGUAGCUCAUUCACUUAAGGCUGCUACCUUUUUGUUGACAAUAUUAUUAAUAUACCUUGAGAGAAUCAGAGGAUUUAUUACAUCAGGAGUUCUAUUUAUAUUCUGGUUAUUGAUGUUAGUAGCUUCAAUAAUACCAUUCUACACAUUGAUUGAACAAGAUGUGUACCAUAAGGAUUUCUUUAGAUUUAGCAUAUUUUAUGUGUAUUUCUUCCUGAUAGUGGUCCAGUUUGUACUCCAUUGUUUUGCUGAGAAGAUUACAAGAAGAGGAUAUUAUGAAUUAAAUACAAAACAAUGUUUGGAAGUAGAAGCUUCAUUCUUAUCCCGAUUGACAUUUUGGUGGAUGACUGGACUGAUUAUAAUAGGAUACAAGAAACCAUUAGAAGAAGCUGAUAUUUCAGAACUUCACCCAAGAGACAAAAGUGAUGUUGUUAUACCAACCUUUGAUGAAGCUUGGAAAAAGGAAUAUGCAAAACAUGAGAAGAUCAGAGAAAAAAGUGUCAAAUAUAGUCGGCCUGCACAAUCCAUUAAUCAGGAACAUCGAUCGUCAGAGAAAACACCAUUGUUGUCAAGACAACCAUCUGUUACAUUUAAAACUGGAAAGCCAGUGAAGAAAGAAAAUAAAGGCUCCCUAUUUAAAGUACUGUGUAAAAUAUAUGGACCAUCGAUGUUGAGAGCAUGGUUCUGUAAAUUCAUGUACGAUUUGAUGCAGUUUACCUCACCUAUACUUUUAAGUGCCUUGAUAGGGUACACAACAAAUAAAAAAUCCGGUAAAAACGUGCAACCAGAAUGGCAUGGUUAUACAUUAGCUGGAGCCUUCUUUAUUGUGUCAUUUCUACAGUCAACAUUUUUCCAUCAGAAUUUUCACAUCGGUAUGAGUACAGGAAUGAGGGCCCGAUCGGCAAUGAUUGCUGCUGUUUACAAAAAGUCCCUUACAAUGAACAAUGAAGCCAGGAAGACAUCAACUGUAGGUGAGAUUGUAAACAUCAUGGGUGUUGAUUGUCAGAGACUUCAGGAUAUGUCAGGAUAUUUGUGGAUGUUGUGGUCUGCACCAUUCCAGAUUACAUUGGCUACAUUGUUACUAUGGCAACAGUUAGGACCAUCUGUUUUGGCAGGACUUGCAGUAAUGAUUUUGUUAAUUCCAUUAAAUGCUGCCAUCUCUGUCAAACAACGUAACAUGCAGACAGCUCUGAUGAGAUACAAAGAUGCUAGACUGAAGUUAAUGAAUGAAGUUCUCAGUGGUAUUAAGGUUUUGAAACUGUAUGCUUGGGAACAAUCAUUCCAGCAGAAAAUUAUAGACAUCAGAAACAAAGAACUGGGUAUUCUGAAGAGCUAUGGCUACCUCCAGGCAUUUAGUACCUUCUCCUUCACUUGUGCUCCUUUUCUGGUAACACUUGCCUCAUUUGCCACCUAUGUACUGAUAUCAGAUGAGAAUUACCUGGACGCACAAAAAGCUUUUGUUUCCUUGUCGUUGUUUAAUAUACUCAGGUUUCCCAUCAAUCUACUACCCAUGAUGAUCUCUUAUGUUAUACAGCUGAACGUAUCUAUUACAAGAUUGAGCAAGUUUUUGAAGAAUGGUGACCUUGACCCUGAUAAUGUUCAACACAGACCAUUAGAAGGUGUAGCAAUUAAAGUGGAAGGUGGAACAUUCAGCUGGGACAAAGAACUUCAACCAGCCUUGAAGGACAUAGAUUUAGAGGUUAAGGAAGGUAAACUUGUAGCAGUUGUGGGAACAGUAGGAGCAGGGAAAUCAUCUCUUAUCUCUGCCUUUCUUGGAGAAAUGGAGAAACUUAAUGGCAAUGUUAAUGUUAAGGGUUCAAUAGCCUAUGUGCCACAGCAAGCGUGGAUACAGAAUGCCACUGUUAGAGAUAAUAUAUUAUUUGGUAAAGAGAUGGACGAGUGUAAAUAUAACAAUGUUGUGGAGUCGUGUGCUCUUAAGUCAGACUUUGAAAUACUGACAGGUGGAGAUCUGACAGAGAUUGGAGAAAAGGGAAUUAAUUUGAGUGGUGGACAGAAACAGCGAGUAAGCUUGGCGAGAGCUGUAUACAAUAAUGCUGAUGUUUAUAUGUUAGAUGAUCCACUAAGUGCUGUAGAUUCACAUGUAGGAAAACAUAUCUUCAAGAAUGUGAUUGGUCGAGAAGGAUUAUUACAGAAUAAGACUAGAGUUUUGGUGACACAUGGUAUCCAUUGGUUACCAAUGGUUGACACUGUUGUCGUUAUGUCUGAUGGUGUAAUAUCAGAGAUGGGUUCCUAUGAGGAGUUAAUGAGCCAUGAAGGACCAUUUGCACAGUUCCUAAAGGCUUACCUCAUCCAGAAAGCAGAGACUGAGGACGAUGAAGAAGAGGAAGAGGAAGACCCAGAAAUACAACAGAUGAAGAGUAAGAUUUUAGAGCGAUUAGAAUCUGUUACCUCAGAUACUGGUACUGCUACUUCAGGAGAUGAAAGUAAAGUCAGGAAAAGAAGUUCAAAGGGUCAUUCAAAGAAAUCUGCAUUGAGCCGUGGAAUAUCGACAUUUGAUGCUCUAGAAUGUAAACCACUGCCUACUCCCAAAAAAGACAAGAAAGAUGUGGAAAAACUGAUAGAAGACGAAAAAAGGGAAAAGGGAAAGGUUGCCUGGAAAGUAUUUAUGAUGUAUCUGAGAGCUAUAGGACUAGUGGCCGCAUUCUGGAUUUUUGUCCUGUACCUGUUGUACCAAGGGGCGUCUAUAGCCUCUAAUAUCUGGUUAAGUCAGUGGACUGAUGAUAAGCAAUUGCAGGACAGGAGUAAAGCUAAUACAACUGAGUACAAGGAUAGAAAUAUGAUGUUCCUUGGAGUUUAUGGUGGUCUUGGAAUAGUUCAGGGUAUAAUGGUUCUGAUUUACUCCCUUGUUGCCAUACUACGACAGGUCAGAGCUUCAGCACAACUCCAUUACGACAUGUUAAACAAUAUAAUGAAAGCUCCAAUGGCCUUCUUUGAUACAACACCAGUCGGUAGAAUUGUAAAUAGAUUUUCCAGUGAUGUUGCAACCAUAGACAGCAUGUUACCGAUGAACUUUAGGAUGUUUCUAGGCACAGUAAUUGGCACACUGAGUACAUUGGUUGUCAUAUCCUACAGUACACCCAUAUUUUUGACUGUUGUGUUACCACUGGCCAUUGUAUAUUACCUCAUGCAGAAAUUUUAUAUACCUACCUCUAGACAGUUGCAAAGGUUGGAAUCCACAACUAAAUCUCCAAUAUUUAAUCACUUUAGUGAGACUAUUAAUGGCGCCUCUACGCUUAGGGCCUACAAAGAACAGCCAAGAUUUAUACAGGAGUCACUAGACAGAGUGGACAAAAAUAUCAGCUUCUACUUUACUAGAAUAGCAUCUAACAGAUGGUUAGGUUGGAGAUUAGAGUUCAUAGGUAACUUAAUCGUAUUUUCAGCCGCCCUGUUUGCGGUUGUAAGCGAUAUCUCUGGAGGAUUGGUUGGUUUGUCAGUGUCAUAUGCAUUACAGAUAACAAGUGCAUUAAACAUGUUAGUGAGGAAUUCCAGUGAUCUAGAGACCAAUGUUGUAUCGGUAGAAAGACUUAAAGAAUAUGCUGAAGUAGAAACAGAGGCUGAAUGGAUCAGACCAUUCAGGAGACCCCCACAUGAUUGGCCACAGUCUGGAGCAUGUAACUUUAUGGAUUACAAAACUAGAUACAGGGAAGGUUUGGACCUUGUUAUCAGGGGAAUCACAUGUCAAAUCCAAGGAGGAGAAAAGGUUGGAAUUGUGGGGAGAACAGGGGCAGGUAAAUCCUCCUUGAUGAUGGCAUUGUUCAGACUGAUAGAAGCUUCUGAUGGUAGUAUUGUUAUUGACGGACAGAGAAUAUCAGAUAUGGGUCUGCAUGAUCUUCGUAGCAAGCUUACGAUCUUGCCUCAGGAUCCAGUAUUAUUCUCUGGUACACUCAGAAUGAACCUUGACCCAUUUGAUCAGUAUGCAGAUAGCCAAAUAUGGACAUCCUUGGAGCAUGCUCAUUUGAAAAAAUUUGUAUCUGAGUUGCCUGAGAGACUGAGUCAUGAAUGUGGAGAAGGAGGAGGAAACUUAAGUGUUGGGCAAAGACAACUUAUUUGCUUAGCAAGGACAUUGUUACGUAAAACAAAGAUUUUAGUUUUGGAUGAGGCUACUGCUGCAGUUGACAUGGAAACAGAUGAGUUGAUACAGAAAACAAUAAGAGAAGAAUUUAAAGACUGUACAAUACUAACUAUAGCACAUCGUCUCAAUACUAUUCUGGAUUAUGACAAAGUAAUGGUACUUGAUCAAGGUUUAAUUAAGGAGUACGACUCACCUGACAGUCUAUUGAAGGACAAAACUACAGUAUUCUAUGGAAUGGCCAAAGCUGCUAAUAUUGUCUCAUAAACCAUUUGGUGAAUCAGGGAGCACACCUUUCCUCCUACCAGAAAUUGGAUUUAUUGUGAAUGUUUUGAUUGUGGUGAUAACUAAAUUUCUUUGAGCAUUACAAUUGAGAAGACUACUAAAAAUAUUAUUACCAGUAAAAGUAUGAUGAUGACGACUGGAUAAACUGUGGACCUACUGAUUACUAGGUCUGUUUAGGGACAUCAUGUCUGUAUGAUAUUCAUGUGCCAAUAAAACAACUAAAUCUAAAACUACUGUUUAACAUGUUGAGAAGUACAGUUCUGAAUUUUGAAUUAUAAAUGUUGAAUAAUUGUAGUGAUGGCUUGUGUGGCGUGUUAAUUUUCAUAUAGAUUUAAGUUAAUUGGUUGUCUUCCCUUAAGGUAGUUAGGUAUCAGAUUUACAUAAAACUGUAUCCUUGCUGAUAAAAAACCAGAGCAUUGCAUUAACUGCAUGGAAAAGAGAACUUGAUACCAGAAAUUAAAAGACGGAAUAAGAGAAUUUUGUCCAUGUUUUAAAACCUUUUGAUGAAUGAAUAAUGCAAUUCACUUCAGGUCAAAAGUCAAACUAUUUAGACUGUAGAUAAGUUAUAUAACUACUGGAACUACCCAAAACAUAUUGUUAAGACAUUUACUUACAUAAAUAACCAAUGAAUAAAUAGAAAGAAAACAAACAUUUGUAUGCCCCUGCUGCAGCUGAGGUUGCAUUAAGUGCUACCCUUGUACAUCUGUACAUCCCAAAAUUAGUUUCCGUUCUCUAACUUUUAGUUUGCCUCAACUAAAUGUUAUAAAACUUGUACACAAUGCUUUUUACCACAAAACUCAGAUCAAGUUUGAAUUUUGGUGGCAUCACUUAUACCGUUCCAGAGUUGUGCCGUUUACAAAUGGAAACAUUGCUGAAUUUUUCGUUUCCGUUCUCUAACUUAAGUUUGUCUCUACCAAAUGUUAUGAAACUUAUACACUAUGCUUAUUACCACAAAACUCAUAUCAAGUUUGAAUUUGGGUAGUGUCACUUUUACUGUUCUUGAGUUGUGUCCCUUUAUAACGUUAUAUGCAAUCGGGGACAUCAUCUGUGUUCCAUCGACACAUUCUUCAUUUUUUUUUCAUCUAAUUAUAGAAAGUCUUCUUCUUUUGUAAAUAUGACAUCCAUUGAUUCCUAUAAAAGAGUUAAAAUUUAUAAAUUAAAAUUACAAUUCCAUAUUGUUUAUGUUAUGAUAAAUGCUUUUGUUUUUUUUCUUUUAUAAAUCAACAAUAUACAUCUAUUUGCCCUCUGUGAUUUUUACCUGUACCUCGAAAUGAUAAACAGACAAACCAUGAGAAAAAAUUUCAGUACUUCAGUGUGCUCUGCAUUGCACUGGAUUCAAAAGGAUUAAGUGUCGAAUCUGCUGAAGACAAUCUCACGCAUGCGUAUUACAUGUAAAUAAAGCACAUGUUUAACACAUGAAAAAAAAUACUUUUUUCUACGUAAAUUAAAUUAAGUUUUUAUUUUUAAAUCAGAAUUGACGACUGUUUUUGCUGAAAGUAAUUAAAUAAUGAUGACAGUUGUCAUGGAAUUUUAAUUUCUUUAUGAUAAUAGUUCUGAUCAAUGUCAGGUGUGAAUUAAAAACACAGGUAAAAAAUGAUUAGUGAUCAUUAGUAAAUAUUUCCCGGAGGCAUUAAUACAGUUAUUAUGAGGGCCCUCUGGAUUAUCAUACUAUACUGGAGUGGCAGUUUUAUUAUAGGAAAGGGAUUACAAAACAAAAACAAGUGCAAAAUGGCGAAUAAGAAACCCGAUCUCAUUGAAAUGACCGAAAUUAUUUCUGUAAAAAAAUAAAAUUUGUCCUAAAUCCCAUUAUUUGGUUUAGGACAAAUAGCUUUCAGUUAAGGUCAUGACUGGCAAAUAUGACCGUUUCCGGACCCUUGAUUUUGACCAAAGUUUUACUAUAUUACUUCAUUUACUGUGUUAAUAUACAGUGACAAGAUUUAAAUGUGCCAUUGAAUUUUUAUACAGAUAAUUAUUUUUUUAUACCUUGUACUUUAUAGUUUCCAUCAAAUUUAAAAUAUCAGUUAUUUGCUGUAUAAAUAUUAAUUUUAAUGUGUUUAUUUAAAAUACCAAGAUAAAGUAUCUAUAAAUUUAAAUGUUGUAUUAUAUGAAGUUCACACAAGUGCCAUGGACUCAGAUCUUUCAAUUUCAAUCACAUAAUUUUAUUUUCUUUUCUGUUUAUUUUUUUAAUGAGUUUAUUUUUAUAUACAGCCAAAUUUAUCAAUGAAUGAUUGUUUUUUUCAAGGAAAAAUUUAAAGAUAUAAUUGAAUGAGCUCCAUAGAAAACAAUAGAUAUUGUAUUCAUUCAAUGAACAGUUCAAUUGGCAAAAAUAUAAAUGGCCAGGUAAACACUAACUGAUUCUGGGGAAAUCCUUUGCAAUAAAAAGAUAGAUGCAUGCAGUGCUUUCCUUUAAUAUCAUGAAAUUUAUUGAAAACUUUAAAACCAAAUCUGUGAUAACUAAGGGAGCUACCAUUUGAUUUUUAUGGGGGGCUAGGAUGAAAAAUUUUGUCCUGCCUUUUUAUUUUUCCCUCUAUUCGGUCCUGCCUUUUUAUUUUUCACUCUAUUCGGUCCUGCCUUCUGUUUUUUUUAGUUUAUCCUGACUUUUUUUUACAUAAAUUGUCAUCCUGCCUUUUUUUUUUGCAAAUAAUCUCAUCCUGCCUUUUUUUUACUCAAAACUCCUGUCCUGCCUAUUUUUUUCAAAUUUCAUCCUAGCCCCCCCCCCCAUAAAAAUCAAAUGGUAACCCCCUAAAGUUGGAUACCUGUGGUAGGAAAUAUAUAUUAUAUAAGUGGUAGACUUAUUAUAAGAUAUUCAAAUUAUGGUUGGAAAAACUGACACUGACCUUUUAUUCCAUAUAACUGCAAUUUUGCAUCAGAUUUGAUUUGUAUUCUCCUCUUGCAACAACUGCAUUGUACACAUGUAAUGUAUUUGAGAAUUGUGUGUUAUAAGUGUUUGUUAUGUAUUUUUAGGCAUUAUAUACUGUGAUUAUUAAGUUAUAAAUUAUUUAAUCAGAUAGUAUUUAAUAGUAGUGAUUAAUUAAUGUAGUAAUUGUGGGAUGGCAGAUCUGAUGAAAGACAUGUAAAUUUUACAGACUGUUUGGUAAGUACAUUUGUCCAAUUAAAACUGAAUUUGGUUGACUGAAUGUAAAAGGCAGAGAUUUAUCAAACUAAUCCAAAAUUUCUUGUUUACCACUAUAUACUGAAUGGAUAACUGAAAUAUUUGCUAUAUAUGAAAAAAGUCGUGCAUUUUUAAUUGUUUACAGGAGGUUAAGUGAAAAUAUUAUUAUAAAGUUAAGUUUUGUGUUGGUGCAAAUUUAUGUUAGUUUACUCUGAAGUGCUAAAAUAACUUUUUAUUAAACUUUAUUUUUAUAUAUGCUAUUAUUUAUAUAUUUCUGCUUAAAGUACAUAUAAUUGAUUAUUAGUGUGAGGAUUUUCUGACCACUUUUUGUUGUAAUAUUACCAUUAUAUUUUUAUAGAUACAUGUACAUAGACAAUGAAUUCAUUCAAAGCAAUUUUCUAGAAUUUCCAUUGUAAGGGAUCUUGAUAUUUGUGUAGAGUAUGCUGAAUGAAGCAGGGUACUGAUUUAAACAUAGAUUGACUUUAUUGAAAUAUUGUAUGGCCUAUUGUAAAAAUAAAUGAAAAUGAGCCUAGCAUAAUGUAAAUUAUUGGAUACAGUUUCCAUCAAACAGAAAGCAGUUUCCCUGUUACAUAUUGUAUUUUUUAAUUCAGUCACUAUUUUCACAUUUGAUGCAUUAAAAGUAUACAAACUUUCAAAUUGAAUAGUUCUGUUCAUUUCCAACAGGAGAAAUCUCGAAAGAGUAAUAAUUAAUAAAUGGAUUCCACAAAGAUUUCAGAUUAUAAAACUUUAAAACAAGUGAAUUUUUUUCUAGGACUUAAUCUAGAAUACUUCAGGGACUUUACAGAACUUUUUUUUUUAAUUGAAAUAUGGUAAAUUCUGUCAACAGGUUAUCCUUAGGUUGAGUGCUCAGUAUAUAUAGGCAAAAUUAGUACCAUCGUCAUAAUCUAUUAGUUGUUUGUUGUUCAAUGCCAGUAAUUUGUAAAUACAUAAAAUUCAUAUCAGAAAUUCAGGGUGUUUCUAUUUUUUUUGUGAUUUGUAUUCAACUUAAAAUUAUGUAGUAACUGCAUUUGGAGUAUUUUGUGGAGAACUAAGCUGAAAUAAAAUUGAAAAAAGAUAUAAAUUAGUUAAAAAUAGUUUCAAUAAGAAAAUUUAACCAACUUGAUAUGAAUUAGGUAUACCGCCUUGCAUAUUUGCUUUCAUGUUGUUAAAACUAUGUAAAAUCUAUCUACAAUUUGAAAAUUAGUUAUUCUUGUGUUUGUUUUUCAUAGAAUUUAACAUUAUAUCAUUUUUAUUAAUAAAACUGGAAAAUUA